AUGAGUUUUUUAACUGGUUUUAUGAUGCAGCAUAAAAAAAUGGGUAGCAACAUUGAUAACGAUUAUAUAAACGAAUCCGAAGAAAUCGUAGAGUCUGAAGAAGAUGAUACAUUAGUAGUAGGAAAAACAGGAGAUAAUAUAGUAGAUAAUACAGUAAUGGAGAGUGAACGAGACAUUAUUGAACCAAUGUUUAAAAAACCAAAAUUAACUUUACGUAAUAAUGCAUAUAAAACAACAGCAAGUGAUAAGGUAGCAGAACCGAUGAUAGAAUUUUUGAAAUCAAGAACUACAAAGCCAGCACCAGUUGAGGAACCUCCAGAAUUGUUAUUUUUUAAAAGCCUUAUUCCAGACUAUAAAAAACGUAAUGAUAAAAAUCAAAGGAAAUUCAAAAAUUUAGUUAUGUCGUCUUUAAAUAGUUAUCUUGAUGAACAAGAAGACAGUAAUCAAAUAGCUUCAUUUCAAAACAAUAUAAAUAAUAUGUAUCCCAGACCAGUUGAACAUCAGAGUAAUCAUUUACGAUAUCAAGCCAGACCUAUCAUGGACCAAAAUAUGAUUUUUAUAGCAGGACAAAACACAGAUCAACAAAUUAAUCAAAACCAAAAUGUAAACAAUUACUACAGUGAUUUUGCUUCGGAUUUAUCUUCGUCUUCACAAGGAAGUAACAAUUCAUUCAAAUGA